AUGUGUGGCUGGAUAAAGGAUUUAUACCAGCGUAUGAGAAUCAAUGCAGACGAAUAUGGCGCCCUUGAGAAAGACUUCAGCAAGAUAUACAAAAGCUACUUACGCAAGUGGAGUGGUUUCGCACAGGACCUGAUACCUACGCUUCCCAUAGAGCUCUUUGCAUUCCUGGCCCACAGGGAUAAGCACUUUGCAGUACUGUCAUUUCUGAGAUUCCGACAGGUUAUACGUCUGAUGCGUGUGUCACAAUUUUUUGAUAGAUGGGAACAGGAACUUAAUAUCAAUAUCCUGAAAGUGAGAUUAACCAAGUUCUUUGUUUUACUGCUGAUCAUCAUUCAUCUGUUUGCUAGCAUCUGGUACACCAUAGCAUGUCCUCUUGGUGUUUGCAAAGAAGGCUCAUGGGCUACUAAGAUGGGUUACAGAGGGAAUGAACCAUACAUCUUCUAUCGUUACUGCGAUACUAUCUACUGGGCUGUGGCUACUUUGACAUCAACGGGGUAUGGUGAUAUACAUGUGUACAGUGUUCCUGAGCUAAUAUUUGCAAGUAUGGUGAUGGUGUUUGGAAAGCUACUCUUCGGUUGGGUGCUCGGAAACAUCGCCUCCACCCUCGCAAACGAAGAGUCGGGACGAGUCAGCUAUGAAGAGAGACUUGCAGCGGUGAAGGACCAAAUGAAAGACAUGCGAUUGAACAGCAAGUUGAGGAAUCGAGUUAUUAGCUAUUUUGAUUAUCUAUGGGCACGUAACAAGGGUAUAGAUCAAAGUAUCCUCUUCAGAGAUGCCCCAUUCUGUCUGCAGACUGAUCUAGGUCUCGAUGUUGCUGGCGAACAUCUACAGAAGGUGGCUCUUUUCCGAGAGGCUGACGAAGCAUUCCUACGUGCUCUUUCCCUCAUGCUCAAACCUGUUCUCUUUAUGCCUAAUGAUCUCAUCGUAAGACAGGGAGAUGUUGGAGAUGAAAUGUACUUCAUCUGUCGAGGAGUGGUUGAAGAGCUAGAAGUUAACAGCCAUUCACGUGUUGCCCGAGUUUUAGAGUCUGGCGAAUUCCUGGAUGACAUUAACCUCCUUUACGACGUACCACGGCGAACUUCAUACAGAGGCCGAACCCACGUUGAUGUUCUCUCAUUGUCGGUGCACGAUUUGAAAUCAGUGCUGGAGCAGUAUCCGCAGGUCGAAGCACAGAUUCGUCGGAUUGGAAAAGAGCUUUACUAUGGGGCGCCAAGUGUCCGCCAGUGA